AUGGAUGAGCAUCCAGCGCACUACGCUGAGGUGUUUGAUAUUGUCCUGUACAAUUCUGCCGACCUGCCGCUUCGUUCGACUCGCGUCUUUGGCCAACGCACACACAUCUGGGCGAAUGUGGAUGCCACCCAGGCCGCGUACCUGGAGAUUCAGGGCGUCUCUGAUCGUGCUGUGCAGCUCGCACUUGAUCGCGUCCGUGUCAUUGGCGGCUUUGAGCGCGAUUGUCUCCCUCUUGUGUCGUUUGAUCUGGCAUAUCUUGCCAACGACAUUCGCUUGGCUGGCGAGGUGGUCCACGUCUCGAAUGCAUCACUGGGCGCUUCCGUUUUGGCCUCCAGUCCACAGAAUUACCUGGUGUACUCGGUGCUUUCUGACUGGCACCCAGCUAGUACGAGCUCACUGCCGCAGCUCAAUUCAGCCGCCAUCGCACAGCUCGACAUCACCAACAGCGACAACCAGCAGCGGGUUGUCACGGAUGCAUCCUUUGAGUCGGCACUCGAUGAUUUGGUGGCUUCGUGGCUGAAUGGUGAUCUUGCCAACAACGGACUCGCUCUCCGCCUCGACCUGGACCAAGUCGGUGUUCAACAUGCAAUUAUUCAAUGCUAUGAGCGCACCCACAGCGACAACGGACAGCCUCAAUACAUUGUCGUGGACGAUUCGUUCUUUUUCCGAGGCGCGGCAAUCGACGCUUCAAUGCUUGCACAACACUGGCAGUAG